AGCAGGAACCCGGCGGGUAGGCAGUAGAUCGUGUUGAGGACCUCUCUGCCAUGUCGGAGGCAGAGGAGGGGGAAAUGGGUUAAACCCUGGCAAUAGUAGCUUAAUAUCGACGCCUCCUGCUUUUAAACGCUUCAUCUUCGUUUAUGACGGAUUGAUUGAUCCACAGAGCGGUUCGUGCUGAUCUGAAUCAGUACAGGAUGACAACAACCCACCACGAAUCCAUAAUGAAUGAGAAGAGGGUUUACUGCCGUCCAUAGCCCUGGCUGUUUGCUUGCUUCCUCAACUCAAAGUCAUCAUGGAAAAAUCCUUGGAGUUGAAUAAAGCUGGCUCCCGGUCAACAUCGUCACUGCCACCUGAACCAGUUGACAUCAUUCAUAGCAAAUCCUGCUACCGCAGAGUCAGGCUGAAUGUUGGGGGUCUCCCACAUGAGGUCUUGUGGCGAACGUUGGACAGGCUACCACGAACACGUUUGGGAAAGUUAAGAGAUUGCAACUCUCAUGAAUCUUUGAUGGAAGUGUGCGAUGACUACAAUCUUGAUGAGAAUGAGUACUUUUUUGACCGACAUCCAGGGGCAUUCACAUCAAUUCUAAAUUUUUACCGCACAGGCAAGCUGCACAUGAUGGAGGAAAUGUGUGCCCUGUCAUUUAGUCAAGAGCUUGACUACUGGGGCAUUGAUGAGAUAUAUCUGGAGUCAUGUUGUCAGGCAAGGUACCACCAGAAAAAGGAGCAAAUGAAUGAAGAGCUCAAAAGAGAGGCUGACAAUUUGAAAGACAGAGAGGGGGAAGAAUUUGACAACACUUGCUGUGCAGAAAAACGAAAGAAGCUUUGGGAUCUCUUGGAAAAACCGAGCUCAUCUGUUGCAGCGAAGGUCUUGGCCAUCAUCUCCAUCCUCUUCAUUGUGCUAUCCACGAUUGCCCUGUCUUUGAACACCCUCCCAGAGCUGCAGGACAUAGAUGAGUUUGGCCAGUCCACAGACAACCCACAGCUGGCACAUGUGGAAGCUGUGUGUAUUGCCUGGUUUACCAUGGAAUACCUGCUCCGUUUCCUCUCCUCCCCCAAUAAAUGGAAGUUCUUUAAGGGUCCUCUGAACGUCAUUGACCUUUUGGCCAUCUUGCCCUACUAUGUCACCAUCUUCUUGACAGAAUCCAACAAAAGUGUGUUGCAGUUUCAGAAUGUCCGUCGUGUGGUUCAAAUCUUUAGGAUCAUGCGAAUCCUGCGUAUUCUGAAGCUGGCUCGACACUCCACAGGUCUUCAGUCUCUGGGGUUCACUCUUAGAAGGAGCUACAAUGAAUUGGGUUUGCUUAUUCUUUUCCUGGCCAUGGGCAUCAUGAUCUUCUCUAGUCUGGUGUUUUUUGCUGAGAAGGAUGAGGAGGAUACAAAGUUUAAAAGCAUCCCAGCUUCUUUCUGGUGGGCUACUAUUACUAUGACCACUGUAGGCUAUGGAGAUAUCUACCCCAAAACUCUGUUAGGAAAGAUUGUGGGGGGGUUAUGCUGCAUUGCUGGCGUAUUAGUGAUUGCCCUACCCAUUCCCAUUAUUGUAAAUAACUUUUCUGAAUUCUACAAAGAGCAAAAGAGGCAAGAAAAAGCACUUAAAAGGAGAGAGGCUCUUGAGAGGGCAAAGAGAAAUGGUAGCAUUGUUUCUAUGAACUUAAAAGAAGCUUUUGCUCGUAGUGCAGAGCUGAUGGAUGCUGUGGUGGAAAAGAGCGAGAGGCCGCAUGACAACCACCUGUCUCCAAGUCGUUGGAAGUGGACUCACAAAAGGGCUGCGUCAGAGACAAGCUCAAACCAUUCUUUCAAUGCACAAGAGUUAGGAUCACCCUGCGAGGCUCGAGCAACCAGCCCCCAAAGGUUAAAUGUCCAGAAGCUAGAAGAGAUGUACAACCAGAUGGCAAAGACACAAUCACAACCCAACCUCAAUGCUAAAGACAGGAGCUCUAGAGUGGGCAAACGGAGAGAUGAGAUCGAGCUCGGAGCCAUUCAUGAUCAUGGACCACAAGUUCUAGGAAACAGAGAAGUUGUUGGGGAUAUGAAAAGCUUGUCAAGCAUCGACAGUUACAUCAGUUGUGCAACAGAUUUCCAGGAGAAUCCUCGCUUCCCCCGUAGUCCAGCAGCAGAAACUGGUCUUCAGGAAAUCAACCGCUUCACUUUUGGUCCAGCUGCAGCCUUGUCUCAGCAUGCUAGUUCAAAAAUCGGCCAGCAAAGCAUGGGGCAUUCCAUGCCAACUCCUGUGUCAAAGUCCUCAUACACAGAGAAUGCAAAGAAGUUUUUCUUUUCUGGCAACACCUCAAAAAGCCUUAAAGGAGUUUGCCGCAGCGAGAGGGAUGCAGGGCCGUCCCCACUUUCAGACAGCUCAGUUGUGUCAGACCACUCUCUGUUAAGCCCUGAAGUCUCUAUCUACACCACUGCCAGCAGCAAGACCCCCCCAAAGUCUCCAGAUAGCACUGCCAUGGCCCCUACUGUAUUCACCUUCCAUGACUCCUCCAUCAGUAAAUACAUUGACGCUGAUACAGACGAUGAUGAACACCUCCGUGACAUCUCUGAGGCCAGUCCUUCAGAUCGUCUGCUGGCUGGUGGAAGCCCAAAACGCAGUAUUAACAUAAAUUACCAGAGGGGGACAAACCAUUUAGAAGCAGCCCAGAAAAUGCUGGGUCAGAAUUGUCUUUUCCCUCUUGAAGGGAUUCGUGGAAUAUCUCACGAGAAUCACAUAGGACCUGAGAUGGGACGCAGACCAAAGGUUGAGAGGGGGCGCCAAAAUACUUUGGAUAAAGGCCUCUGAGGUACAAGUGAAGCAGAGACAAACAAGUAGCUGGGGACAAAGUGUUUGUGAUAGAGACACCUGACAGGCUAAGAUAAACAAUAAGCCUGACAAAAAGGAAGAGGGAGACAAAGAAAAAGAGUCUCACAUUUCACAAAUUAUCUGAGCAUGCCAUUAGGGCAACAAGGUCUGAGUGAGCAUGUGUGAUUAAUACUCUGGGAAAGAAGCAUUUCUAAAUUGGAGGAUGUCACUGCCCUUCCUUCAGCUCAUUCCUGUUAGCGGUAAUUUGUGCCCACAAAGCAAAAGAGCACUCCCAAGUAGCCAGUGGGUCUGUUCAGCGAAGAAGUCAGUUAAGAAAUUUAGCUGUGGUUAUUACUAGUCCAACACAACUAAAUGAUGGUUUUAGCCAAAAGUGUUUAUAUUCUCUACGUGAAAAAAAAAGAAAGAAACAUAUCCACCUUCCCAUAAUGAUUCCCAUCUCAUUUUUCAAUCUUGGAGAUACACAAGAGGACCUACAAGCCUAUAAGCUACUUUCUUGUGCACUCCAUUCCUUAACCUGGCCUUAGUCAUAUACAUUUGUAGGUGUGUGCAUGUCUGCAUAUGUGUGUGCGUGUGUGUGUGUGUGAG